AUGGUGCACAAUAUCCGAACUAAGGACGAGUUCCAAGACGCACUCAAGAACUACUCUGUCGUCGUCGUCGAUUUCUACUCUACCCAUGCCGCUGAGUCAAAGAACAUUGCUCCCACAUUUGCCCAUGCAAACGAGCUUGACAAGUUCAAGGACUUUCGAUUUCUCAAGAUCGACAUCGAUGAUCUCAAGGGUCUAGCGGAGGAGCUUGGAGUCUCAAAGCCUGCCACUUUCCAAAUGUACAAGAAUGGCGAGAAGAUCAAUGACCUACAGAGUGAUCAGAUGGAGGACCUCAUUCAAUUCCUGGAAACUGGUCUGUAG